AUGGCCAAGGCAUUAUGGAAUGUCCCAAUACUACUAAUAGGCAUUACCUUGUUUCACAGCAAUGUUGAAGGGGUUAUGGAUGUCUCAUGGUGGUAAGAAUAAUAUUUCAUUUUAGCGAAUUUACAGGGGAAGCACUCCAAGUGCGACGCUCAGAUUUUGAUGAAAGUUGGCACAAAUUUAGAAUAAUUUUUUCUAAGAUAUAUGCGAGAAUCCUAGCUCGCGCUUUGCAGAAACAACCGAGAUUUUUAGAUCGAAGGUCGGCGAACAUUUAGGACUUUUUGCCGAAUUUCAGCACGAAAAGUUUCAUGCCUAUUUCAACUGUAAAGGAUAACGUUUCUACAAAAAAUCAAAUUUUUCCGCGCGAAACUGCCAAAGUUAUGGCCAAAAAGCGCUUUUCUCUCUGACCGCUCUCCACGUUUAGCGUGCUCUCUCGGCGGCAAAGAUCGUUCAAUAUCUCGGCGGCGCCCGCAAAGCGCGAGCUAAAACUUUCAGGAAUUGAUAUUUGGUCUAUUCCCGACGCGUGUGCAAAAUUUAAAGAAAAUCUGAGCGUCGCACUUGGGGUACUUCUUUAGUUAGUAAAUUUUGUUUUUUUUUUGUAAAAUACGCCAUUUCAUACAAAUUUUUCAUUUUGAAAAAUAAAAAAAUUAAAAUUAAAUAAAUUUUUAUUUAAUUUUACUUAUCUUAGGUCAUCAGUUGCCCAGCUCAGUGCGUCCAAUCUGUUGGCGAGCAGUGCAGUCCGACCGCCGCCAUGUUUGGAGCUGGCGGGCCUGUCGCCCGGCCAGCGGCAUAUUUGUGAGCUUUUCAAGGACCACAUGCCAGCAGUCGGAGCUGGAGCCAGAGAAGCGAUUCGGGUGAGUUUUCUGACUUUUUUUCUAGCUUGAAAAUACAAAAUAUACGAAAUCUUUGGUCCGCAGGCUGCGCCCUAUCCUUUUUUUCCUUAUCGUUGACAUAGAUUUUCGGGUCGUUCAACAUUUGCCUUUUUAUUUUACGUCUAUUUUUUUGAUGUUGUAUAAUUCAGCCAUCCAAUUUUUCAAUUAAAAAUAUUUGCAAGCUGCGCCCUAGGAUUAAUUUAUAUUACGCCUUUUGCUUCAAAAUCAACGGCUCAACGGUGCUUGUCGCAUUUUACAUUUUUUUUGCUACUCGUUUUCUGUCAUCUUUUGCCAAUAAAAGUUCUUAUCUUAUUGCAUUUUCAAGUCCGCGAGCUGCGCCCUAGUUAAACGUUGAAAUUGUCUCAAUUUUCAGCGUCAUUGAUAAUAUCGUAAAAAAGUAUUUUUACUGUUUCCGUAAUGACCUUUUAUGAACUUUUGCACACUCUAUUUGAACUUUUUUCGAAUCCGCGAGCUGCGCCCAGCCCAAAAUUUAAAUCGGCACCGUGCAACCACAAAAUUCAUCAAAUUACGUCAAAAUUUUUGCAGGAAUGCGAAUCACAAUUCCGCUACCAAAAAUGGAACUGCUCCACGCCUCCGGAAGCCGGAAUCAUCGGUCCCGUUCACAAAUACGGCACUCGAGAAGCCGCCUUCACCUACGCCAUGCUGUCCGCCGGUGUGACGCACGAAAUUGGCCGCAGAUGCAAGUUGGGGAUGCUGAAGAGCUGCGGAUGCUCGCAGAGCCCGAAACCCGAUGAUUUGAAGCAGGAGUUUGGCUGGGGAGGCUGCGGGGACAAUGUGGAUUAUGGAUAUAAAUUUGCCAGGUAAUCUUUUUAGAUUGGUUGGAAUGAAAAGUGGGGAAAACGGAGUUUGAAAUUUUAUUCUCAAGGCUGGAAGAUACAAAAAAAUUUUUGAGUCAUCAUUGAUUUUUUGAAAGUAAAAAAAAUAUCUAUUUUUCAGAAUAAAUUUUGCCAAAAUAAAAAAAACUAAAUAAUUUUCCGCUCCGUAUUUUACAAAUUUUAUGAUUAUAUAUCUUGGCCAAAAAAUUGUCUUCAAUUUCAGCACUAACAUUACAAAAAUUUAACAAAUCUUUUUAGAAACUUCAUUGAUGUCCGAGAGAAGGAAGAGAACGCCAAAAGAGCCGAAAACCGGGGCCGAGCCCUAAUGAAUCGCUGGAAUAAUGAGGUUGGCAGAAAGGUAGGGUCCUAAAAAAUUUUAUUUUUUUCAGUUUUCACGAAUUGACAUUUGAUUUUUUAACAAAAUUUCUCAAAAAAAUAGUCCGUAUUUUUCGGAAAUAAAAAUAUAAAAAUUUGCAAAAAAAUGCUCUCUCUCAUUGUGACUCCGUAUUUUACCCAGCAUUUUGUCAAUAGGCCACAUAAAAUUCCUGAAAUUUUUAGCUUGCGAUUUGCAAGGCCAGCCAAGUUAUUCAACGAUCUUUGCGGCCGAGAGAUUGCGCGAAACGCGGAGAGCGGCCAGACAAAAUUAUUUUUGGGCCAUAUCUUUGCCAGUUUUGCGUGGAAAAAAUUGAUUUUUUGUGGAAACAUUACUGUCUGAAGUAGAAAUAAUUAUGAAAUUUUUCAUGCCAAAAUUCGCAAAAAAAAAUUUGGAUUUUCGCCAAUUUUCGGGGUAAAAAUCUCGGUUGUUUCUGCAAAGCGCGAGCUAAGAAUCUAGCAUGCGUCCCGAAAAAAAUUAAUCCAAGUUGUGACAAGUUUCUGUAAAAUCUAAUUGUCACAUUUUUAUGUUUUCUUCUGCCGUAUUUUACCCAAAAAUCCCAUUUUAAAAAUGAUCCUUUAGACAGUUUUUUACAUCUCCAAUUUUCCAGAUCCUCAAACGCCACACCAAGCCCAAAUGUAAAUGCCAUGGAGUGAGCGGGUCGUGCAAUCUGAAGACCUGCUGGAUGCAGCUGCCUUCCGUGACGGACGUCGGGAAUCUCCUCACCGCCAAGUAUCGCUCCGCUCGCAGGAUUCAAAUCAAUUCCCGCGGUAAUAUGCAGUUCGAGGAUGCGGAGAAACAAAAGCGGAACCUGCACAAAAAGAAGAACCGCAGCUUGUACGACUUGGUCUACCUGGACGACAGCCCCGACUAUUGUGUGAGCGACAAGAACGAGGGGACGCUGGGAACGGCGGGACGGGAGUGUCUGUAAGUUGAAUGAUCGCUUAAAUUUGAGGGUUUUUGUUUUGCUGAAAUUUCAACGAAACUUUUAGUUAGAGUUUUCCAGGAUAUAUGAAGAUUUGUGACUCUUAAUUUGGAGGAAAAUCCGAGAUUUUUACACCAAAAAUUGGAAAAAAUUUUACACUUUUUUUGUGAACUUUGGCAUGAAAAAUUUUGUAAUUAUUCCUAGGGUGAUCCUUGUCGAAAAAAAUCAAUUUUUUCCGCACGAAACUGACAAAGAUAAGGCCAAAAAACGGGUUUUUUUGUCUGGCCGACCCUCCUCAUUUUGCGUACUCUCUGUGCUAAAGAAGUACUAACAGGGGAAGUACUCCAAGUGCGACGCUCACAUUUCGAUAAAACUUGGCACAAAUUUAGAAUAAUUUUGUCUAACAAGGGAUCGGCAAAUAGUUGCACCCUGCUUUCUUAACAAAACCUAUAUCAUUUGAAAGAGCGUUAAAAAUAAUACACAGCGCAAAAAAAAUUAGCUGCCCAAUAUAUGUUUGGGCAAAGUUAUGGCCAAAAUACAGAUUUUAGCUUAAUUUCUGUCUCACUUUAUAAGCUCUUCGAAUUGCAACGAAGUUGUGUCCAGUUAGCCGAGUGGUAGUGAGCCUACUUCCGGCGCAACAAGUCGCGGUUUCGAACCCGGGCUCUGCAAGUUUUUUGCAUUUCGUCUCUUAUGUACCACAAAACCGUGGUAUGUUGACAUUUUUUUACAAUUUUUGUUUCUUCACAGACAAAAUCCAUAUUUACGGAAUUUUUGGGAGUUUUUGGUUUUUUUCGAAACGACCACCAACUUGAUGGUGAUGAGAGUGGGGUUGCCACUAUCGUAUGGGUGUCAUGCCAGUAGCCUGACCGAUUAUAAUUACUAGACGAUAAUUCAAUUUACAAGGACAUAUAAAUAAAUUUUUUCGAAAAAAUACCACGAGAAAAUUGCAAAAUCGGCUAAAAACGCUAUUGCUGACAUAGUGGACUAAUCGUUGGUAAGGCUAGGACAUACAAAAUUUUUGAUUUUGAGAUUUUUGUUUGUGAAUGACCACGAUGAUCAUAUAAAUGUAUUUACAAAGCUUUUUGCUUCAAUUUUCCCAUUAACCUAGUUUUAUUUACAAUUUUUUGUAACUCGCAGUAAUUUCUAAUAACUCAUAACCGAGGAAUAGUAAAUCCAUAAAACGUCCGUGAUAGACGUUUUGGGAUGCUAAGAAAUUAAUGAAAACGAUUUCAGGCCGCUAGGACUACUGUAAUAUAAGAAACCGGCGUUUUGGCCGCAUAUGACCCCUUUCAUAAAACGGCCGUAACUUUGCCCAAACAUAUAUUGGGCAGCUAAUUUUUUUUGCAUUGUACACUAUUUUUAAUGCUCUUUCAAAUGAUAUAUGUUUCGUUAAGAAAGCAGGGUGCAACUAUUUGCCGAUCCCUUGUAAGAUAUAUGCGAGAAUCCUAGCUCGCGCUUUGCAGAAACAGCCGAGAUUUUUAGAUCGAAAGUCGGCGAAAAUUUAGGACUUUUUGCCGAAUUUCGGCACGAAAAGUUUCAUGCCUAUUUCUACCGUAAAGGAUAAUGUUUCUACAAAAAAUCAAAAUUUUCUGCACGAAACUGCCAAAGUUAUGGCCAAAAAGCGCUCUUCUCUCUGACCGCUCUCCACGUUUAGCGUGCUCUCUCGACGGAAAAAAUCGUUCGAUAUCUCGGCGGCGCCCGCAAAGCGCGAGCUAAAACUUUUAGGAAUUGAUAUUUAGUCCAUAACCGACGUGUGUGCAAAGUUUAAAGAAAAUCUGAGCGUCGCACUUGGAGUACUUCCCUGUAAGUAUAUCGGCUGUUUUUGCAAGGUACAAACUUUUCUGUCGUUGAUUAUAGGCAAGAUCUUGAACAUUAUUCACAAAAAAGUAUGUGCAAAUUGAGGAAAGCGGUUAGAGAAAAAGAACGCUUGUGUGGAAAAAGUAUUUUGGAUAAAAAAAUCUUGCAUUUGUCUAGUGGAAACGAAGCCUAAGCCUCAAAAGAUUCGUCAGCUUUCAAUCCCACUAAAAUGAGGCUCCCAUAGCCUUUCUAACCCCUUCAAAUUGCAGCCUGAACACGCACGGGCCCGCCUCCUGCGACGUGCUGUGCUGCGGUCGGGGCUACAACACGUUCGAGCGCGAGGAAGUGACGAAAUGUAAUUGUAAAUUCCAAUGGUGUUGCGAGGUGGUGUGCGAGAUGUGCCGGAACGUGACCACCGUCCACGUGUGCAAGUGA